AUGCUAACUGCUAGAGCAAGGGAUCCAUGUGCUCGGAGAAUAGAGACAAGCAUUGAGGCACCAUUUGGUGGAGUGCCUGGAGGGAAACAAGGUACCCGAGUUGGUAGUGGUAGUACGGUAGAGAUUAGGCAAGCUUCACAGCGAGGCAAAGGAGUAGUUAAUAUAUGA